AUGAAGGAGGGCGAAAAAGUGGCUUUUCUAGCGCGAAGAUUUAACGUCAAUGAAUCUACAAUAAGAUCGAUCCGCAACAACGAGAGCAAAAUUCGGGAGAGUGCGAAGUCUUUAGGAAAACAUGCUGAAAAUUGCAAGAUAAGUCGCUCACCUCUCAUGGAAAAAAUGGAGGACAUGCUAAUCAUCUGGCUGCAGGAUUUGAUGCAUAAAAAAAUUCCUAUUGGUGGAGAUAUAAUACGGGAAAGAGCAUCAGCAGACCGUGAGGCAGCUCGUAAAUUUCCGGAUCAAGUGCGAGCAUUGAUUGCUGAAAAGGGCUACGUCGCGGCGCAAAUAUUCAACUGCGAUGAAACAGGACUCUUUUGGAAACGGAUGCCAAACCGGACCUAUUUAAUGAAGGAAGAAAAAACUGCUCCAGGAUAUAAAUCUUCUAAAGAAAGAUACACUCUGCUCUUCUGUGCAAAUGCUGCUGGCACGUUCAAGUGUAAACCGAUGUUGGUUUACAGAGCAGAAAAUCCUCGAGCUCUGAAAGGAAAACAAAAAGAGCAUCUUCCAGUAUUUUGGAAAUCUAAUAAAACAGCUUGGGUUACAGCAAAAACGUUCACCGACUGGUUUACCCUCUCCUUUGUACCUGAAGUCCGAGCAUUCUUAAAUCGAGAGAAUCUUUCCUUUAAAGUAUUGUUGUUGCUCGAUAACUGCGCUGCUCAUCCAGACGCUUUGAUGACGUCAAAUCCAGAUGUCGAAAUUUUAUUUUUGCCACCAAACACCACUUCUCUUAUUCAGCCAAUGGAUCAGUCGAUAAUUGCCACAUUUAAAUCAUACUACAUCAAGGGAGUUUUACGUAACAUUUUAAAUAGCUUGCAUCAAUCUACAUCUGAAGAUUAUGUUAAACAAUUUUGGAAAAAUUUUAACAUCGCUCACUCAAUAUCUAUUGUUGAUGAAAGUUGGAGAAUGAUCAAAAGUACAACUUUGAAUAAUGGAUGGAACAACCUUUUACCGGAACUAGUUGAGAAAAAUCAAGUGUCUGAAAUUCAAGGUCAUGAGCAAGAGCAAGUGAUACGUGAAGCUGUUAACAUUGCAAGAAGUGUUGGUGGAGAAGGUUUCAGUGACUUGCAAGAAUCCGAGCUUCUUGAUUUGGUAGCGUCAACUGAAGUUUUAAGCGUCGACGAGAUUGAUGCAAUCGUGCAAAAUACAGCAGCUGAAGAAGAAAUGAUUGCAGAUGAAGAACCCGAGCCUGUUCUUACUGCGAAAGUAGUUGGAAAUAUUUUGGCUGAUGCAGAGCGUCUCAUCGAACGAGCAUUAAAUUACGACCCAAUCAUGACUCGAAGCCUUCAAUUUAGACAAGAUAUCGAAAAAUCAUUAGAGUGUUAUAAAAACUUGUACAAAGAUCUAUUGCGCAGAGCAAAACAAAAAAGUUUGACUCAAUAUUUUACUGCAAAAUAA